AUGCCCACCUACCUCACCCGCGAGAACUCCCCCGUGUACUCGCCAAAUUCCGACUUUUUGGACCUCGACCCAAACAACACGCUUGACCUUUCUGGCCACAAGCACCCGAUUGACGGGCUAUCCCACAUCCUACCCCUUCGCCCAUCGCGCUCAAACAACCUCCAUGAUAGCUUCGACGAAAGCUCAACCUCAUCAACCCACGCCUCGGACGUUUCUGAUUCCAUCCCCACUCAGAUGAAUGGGACGAGGCCGACUAGUAUGAGCUCGUUGCCCAACGGCUCGGCAGGGGCCGGAGGAGGCGCAGAUUUUGAUUAUCACGACCACGACUCUCACCACGACCAGUACAAUGAUUACAGGAAUCAAAAGCACCCGCUACAAAAUGGACACAUCGUCACUAUGCCCGACCGGACAGCUCCGCCGCCGCCCAUCACCAUUAUCAAGAAGCCAUCUUCCGAUACGGAGCAAUCGAGCCCGACGGACAACUAUCUCACACCACCGUCAAUUGGAUCGCCUGCGGCCGGAUCCAUCGAUCAUACAAUAAAAACAAAUGGGACUAGCAGUCCCAAUUACGCACCUCCUGCAAUACCCUCCCAGGGCAAACUCGCCAACGGUCAUACAACACCCGUGCCAGCAGCCAGCAGCACGUCGCUGUCCCCAGAUCUCAUCGCCCAAAACCAACCGUCAUCGCCGCAGCGCUUCUCCUCUCCACCACUCUAUCAAUCCGGUAGUGCUACCCCCAACGGAUCAACAUCCACCGGGCUGCAACCCCCAAACGGCGGGUUGAAGCAUCGCCACACGCUUGAAGUUCCAGGGACCCAAUCCAACCGCGCUUCCAAAGAUGGCUCCGACACAGCCUUCUCCAGCGGUCGCUUCUCUCCUACAAGCACCACGCAAAGAGUGCGUAGGGCGUCCCUGAACCUGGUGCGGAGAGAUACCCGUUCCAUGCAGUCUGAUGUACCGCGUGACGAAGUACUACCCGACGAAGACGCCCUGCGCUGGGCCGAGCAUUAUCGACAAAAGCGAGCCAGUAAGAGGAAGAGGAAAGAAGAAGAGGAUGACGAUCGGGUACUGGUUGGCACAAAGGUCGACGAACAUCACACGAACUGGGUUACCGCCUACAACAUGUUGACGGGCAUCCGCGUCUCAGUGUCCCGCACGAACGCAAAGCUUGACCGGCCCCUUACGGAUGCUGACUUUGAGGCGAAGCAGAAGUCGACGUUCGACAUGUACGUCAAGUCCCGCGUAACCCACGUGCUUUCCAAGUUUACUAAUUUAUUCAGUGCCGGAAACGAGUUGGUGCCCUCGGCAAAGUACGAUUUCAAAUUUAAGGAUUAUGCGCCUUGGGUAUUCCGACAUCUGCGCGGCCUGUUUCGCCUGGAUCCCGCAGACUACCUCAUGUCUCUGACGGGCAAGUAUAUUUUGUCCGAGUUGGGUUCCCCUGGGAAAAGUGGCAGCUUCUUCUACUUCUCCAGAGACUACAAGUACAUCAUCAAGACAAUCCACCACGGCGAACACAAGUUCCUCCGCAAGGUUCUCAAGGACUACUACCACCAUGUCACUGAAAACCCGAAUACGCUGCUCUCCCAAUUCUACGGUCUCCACCGAGUUAAAAUGCCUUACGGAAAGAAGAUACACUUUGUGGUGAUGAACAACCUCUUCCCCCCUCACCGGGACAUCCACACCACGUUCGACUUGAAAGGAUCUACGAUUGGCCGCGACUAUAAGGAAGACGACCUGGACAAGAACCCUCGGGCGACGCUGAAGGACCUGAACUGGAUGCGCAGACAGCGAAACCUCGAGCUUGGCAUCCAGAAGAAGAAGCUCUUCCUGGAGCAGCUGCAAAAGGACGUGGUGUUGAUGAAGAAGCUCAAAAUCAUGGACUACUCUCUGUUGAUUGGUAUCCACGACUUGCAGCGAGGCAACGAGGAAAAUCUUCGCGGAAAAACACUGCAGGUCUUCAACCCUGGUGGAGAGCAAGAGGACGGCGAACCGCCGUCGGUUCUCUUGCGAACACCUUCCAAGUUGGAGAAUGCUCGUAAGGCGCGGGAGCUGAGGAACAUGAUUAGACACGAACGGCCAGUGCCCAUGGGCCAGACGGCAGCUCAAAUGCCAGAUGAGCUUGAUGAGGCACACAAUAGGUCGGGGUACAUCUUCAACCAGGACGACGGUGGAUUCCAGGCGACCCACGAGGAUAAUUCUCCCGCCGACGAGAUCUACUACCUGGGUGUCAUCGACUGCCUGACUCACUACGGAAUGAUCAAAAAGAUUGAGCACUUUUGGAAGGGGUUGACAAGCGACAAGACAAAGAUUUCCGCUCUCCCCCCUGAACUGUACGGCGACCGAUUCUACAACUUCGUCGAGGGUAUCACGAUGUCCCCCGAGGAGGCGAUUAGGGAGAAGCAGCGGAGGGACCAGGAACAGAUCGAGGCUGCUGCGGUUGCGGACAGACAGCGCGUUGCUAGCUGGAGCUCGAGUAUGCGCCGGAGGUCGGCGACGAACAACAUCCCGCCGAUGCCCAACUACCAACCUCCACCAACUCCGCCCAGCGCUCCAAUGUCACCGGAAGCGCGCGAAACAAUUGAGCGAGCCCAGCAAGAUGCCCGAAGGUCCGAGAGGCACGGGGCCUCCGAGCUCAACGUUCCGGACGUCGUCCUCUCGACAACCAAGAUGAACGAACGGCGAGAAUCUGGUGGGGGAGGGGCUCCUAUCUUGCCCGUAGUCGAAGAGGCAGGGGAGGCUUCAUCACUAGGGGGCCGAAGCAGAGACGGGGCAAGCAGGGAUGGAGACGACUAUCGGCCUGCUACACCAGCGAAGCCCGGGAUGGAGAGCCGAUUCCCCGGACUGAGAGAUUACGCGCCGCCAACGCCGCCCAAGGGCCAUCAUCUCAAGCCCGAAAGCCAAGACAGCGGCUAUGGGGCGCUGCCCAAUGGAAACGGAUCCACGAUGAGCAGAGAAGACUCGCUCCACAUCAAGCCUCGCCUCAGCAAGGACUCGCUCGAUAAAGCCUUGCCGCCGCUCCCUAAGGAGGCAGGCGAGCAGAGCGCUUUCCGCAUGGGCCUUGCCUAG